AUGGUUGAGAAGCACUAUUUUAGAUUACCUAUGGAGCAUUUUCCCCACAUCAUUAUGGAUUUUGCUGAAAAAGAGAAGGCAGCAGAAAGGGCUUUGGAAGAUGUGAAGGCUAACUUUUACUGUGAAUUAUGUGACAAGCAGUACCAUAAACACCAUGAAUUUGACAACCACAUCAAUUCCUAUGAUCAUGCACAUAAGCAGAGACUGAAAGAGCUGAAACAAAGGGAAUUUGCACGAAAUGUGGCUUCAAAAUCCUGGAAAGAUGAAAAGAAACAGGAGAAAGCUCUCAGACGACUUCAUCAGCUGGCUGAGUUGCGGAAACAGUCAGAAUGUGUUGCCGGAUGCAGACCCAUGUUUAAAAGUCCCCAGGUAGUUGUAGAACAACCACAGCAACAAGCACAAGACACUUUUCUCUUAGCUCAAGAAGAGAAAGCCAAGAUUGCAGAUGAAAGGAAAAGCUCCACCAGCCACCAGUCCGAAAAACUACAGGAGCCUUUGUUAAACAAGGAUCAAUCAUGCAUAGAGAGACACCAUUUGUUUAAAAAUCAUAUGUCUCCAGAAUUCCCCUGCAGCACUAAUGCUUGUAACAGAACAGGGGUGUCCUUUUCCUUCUCUAAAAAAGUCCACUUGAAGCUUGAGUCAUCAGCAUCUGUGUUCAGUGAGAAUGUGGAAGAAGCACAUGACCACACGGAGUCACCAAAGCAAAAAGUGAAACAAGCUGCUGAGGAAUGUUACACUUGCAUCCACAGGAAUAGCAAGAGGAAAACUAAUGUACAAAAACCAUUAAGCACACUUCAGAGCCACCAAGACAGCAUUGAAGUAUACAAUCUGGCUGGAAGAAAUAAACCACAUAAAGAAAAUAACCAAAACAGCAGCAGAGAAUCAGUGGAAACUCAUCUUCCAUUUUGUAAGGAGAAACAGCAUUCUCUAGAUUUGGAAUGUACCAGCUCUCCUGAUAUAAAAUCAAGACAGCUGGUGAAGACUCGGAAAUCUAUACAAGGUUUCAUCACAUCUCAGUGCCAACCUACCAGUGCUUGUAUACAGCAAAAAGCUUACCGGCACAGCAAUAUCUUGCUAACAGAAUGUGACUCUGAAUUCCCAGGCCGAGAAUCAUCUGAAGGAGGGCAUUCAUGUGCAAUACACUUUAAUCCCUGUAUAUUCAAACACUCUUCUGAUUCUUCAAAAACUAUGGCUAUGGAUAACGAAACAUCAAAAAAAGAUGAUUUGGUUCAUGAAAUUAAGCCUAAAACAUUUCCUUUUCUUCAUGUGCUGAGUAAAGAUGGCAGCACAGCCUUCCAUUGGCCCAUAGAACUUCUUUUGUUUACAAAAACAGAACCUUCUAUUUCUUAUGGCUGCAAUCCAUUAUAUUUUGAUUUCAGACUUCCCUUAUACCAUAAAGACAAUGGGCAGCAUGAAGUCAAUCCAGAAACUUCUCAAGAGUAUUCAAGAACUAUGGAUAUAGAUAAAAAUCAUGCCUUGGAUCUAUCCAAGAAGAAGCAAUUGUCCAGUAAAAAAGAUAACUUUUUAAAGCCAAAGAAGAACAGUGCUCUAUAUCUCAAAAAGUGCCAGCUAAAGUUAUAUAAAGAGAAAGAAAACAAAAUUAAUUGUAAUGCUCCAAAGUACAUUUCGGAUGAUUUGAAUGAAAAUAUACCUAAUGUGCCUGCUUACCUUGAUUGUUCGCAAAGGCAUUGUACAAUAGCAACAAGUCACCAUACAGAAAUGUGUAUGAGAUCUUUGGCACAACAUUUUCAUAACUGUGAAACAACAGCACAGGAUGAAGUUGGUGAAAAUGUUUGCAUUUAUCCUUUGGCAUCUAGGACAAAAAAGCAAAAAUGUGGAAAAUGUGAUUUAAUGUAUUCCCAGGAGCAAGCAAAUCUGGAUUUGGUCACUUGUACAAGUAACAUAAAUGAAAAUGGAAAAGAUACACUUCUUGGUUGUAAGUUAGACUGCCCUGGUGAGUGCUUGGAAAAGGAAAGCAAUGUGAGUUUUGCUAAUGAUUUUUGGAAAUUCUGCCCUUUGCAAAAACCCUCGUCUGACAGACAGUCUAAUUAUUCUGACAUCUCCAUCGAUAGUGAGACUAGCAACACAAGUUGCUACUGUAAUCAUAGAUCAAGCAAUCAUAGUAGAAGUAAUUUGUCUUUUUGUUGCAAAAGGAAACAAAAGUCAACUGGAAGACAGAAAUGUAAACACAAAAAGCACAACUGCCUUUCAUCUUCUGAUGAAGCAGAUGUGGACUGCUUUAUCCACAAAAAAAGCCAGCGAUCUGCAGAUUGUACUCAGAACCAUCCAAUAAAAUAUCAAAGAUAUUUGAGAUAUGGGCACUUGCUACAAAGAGAAAGAGCAAAGCAAAGUAGAAAUAGAUAUCCUGUCUGUAAACACAGCAGGAGCAGGAGAUAUACCAGUUCCCAAGGUCCUUGCAUCCAUGAUUCAGGAAGCAGUGAAAGAUCAACUUCUACUCAAUCUAGAGGUAGCAGUUCAGGAUCCUUCAUGAAGGAAUCAGUGCAUAUCUGGAAUGAACACAAAAAGACUAUGAGAAGCAAUGAAGAAAAAGAAUCCUGCUCUACCCAUUCAGAGAACCAGAAUGUGAAUUGUGCCUCUAAGCAUAAGCAUGGGAUUUGCUCUGAUGACUGGUUGGAAAAGGAAGCAGCAAGACAGAAGUCAUUAACCGCCAAGCUACUUUUACAAAAGGUAAAAUCCAAAAGAAACCAGGAGCAAAUUGAGAGCACUGGCAGCUUUUCAAAGGCUUGCAGGAUAGAUGUCCCCUCUAAUCUGCCUGAUACAUCUUCCAUGGAGAGUGAAACAAUACUGCCUUCACAGGAGAACACGCACAGUGUUGACAUGAACUGUGUGUGGAAUCAUGAAACUGGUGAAAUGGAAAACCACACAAACAAACAUUUGACCCUAGAUAAUAUUAUGGGCAAUAUUAGUUACAGUAAUUGCCUGCUCCAAGACUUAAUUCAAAGAGGAACCACCUGCCAAACCCUAAAUAUGGAAGCAAGCACAACAAUAAAGGAGAAGACAGAUCUCUUAACUGAUGAAACACAACCUCUUCUACAAAGCUGUGAUCCAGUGACAGGUGAUUUUCCUGGUCCUUUUGUUUCUCAUAGAUAUUCUCUUGCUCCAAAUUUUAUAGACACCAAAGAAGAAUACAAUGCAAGUAUGGACAUGCAUCAAGCAGAAGAGAAUCUAAACUAUUACCCUGACAAUGCUAUGCAUAAAUCCAAUGAAACAGAAUAUAAGACUGAUCUUUAUGGUAAGUGCAUCUCCCCUCCUUUAUCACAACAUCCUAUAAUAUUUUCCCCUGAUGAAAUAGACAAAUACAGGUUUCUACAGCUACAGGCCCAGCAGCACAUGCAGAAACAAUUUGUAGCAAAGCAUCUCAAGGUUUUGUCUACUACUGGACCAGCCACUUUGUCUGCAUCCCCAGCAGUUCAGUCUGUUCCAGUCCAGCAGCACACUUCUGUUGCCACCCUCCACCAAACCUUUCUGCAACGCUUAGCUUUGUCCACUGGGGCUCAUCCACAUAGCAGCAAUCUUUCCCUAACCCAUAUACAUCCUUUCUCACAGGCUCAUCUUGCACCCAUGUCAAUUUCGCCAUUUGCUUCAACCUUCCUGCCAACUCACACAGCACUACUGUCUGGUCAUCCCUUCCAUUUGGUAUCAGCAACUCCUAUUCACCCUGUUACCCAACUGGCAAUCCCAUCCCUGCCUCCCACUGCCUUUAUUCCUACUUGGUUCACUCCACCGCUGAGUGCAACUGCAUCCUCCACAAUGCAUUUCAAUCCUUUGAUUCAUCCAUUUUUCCAGGGGCAGAAACUUCCACCUUAUUCUUGAACGUGGCAUGCACAUUGGUUCUCUGAACUGAGGG